ACAUGGUGCUCAGCGGCACGAAGUGACGGAGUGUCACGCAGUAUCACGGAUACGGAGAGUGUUGCGGUGGAACUGGUGGAAGGUGUUGCGGUCAGUUUUUUGUUGAUUUAAAAGGGGCUGGCGAUGCGCGAGCGUGUGUUCUGAAUGGUGUACAGCUGAGAGUAGCCGCCCUCCCCCGAGUACGUCGUGUGUUGUCACAGGACCCGAACGCAAGAUGGGAUUCUCACAGAGAGGCAUGUCGAUGGCGUCGCUCGCCCUGCUCGUAAUCGCCACUUUCAUCGGCAUCAGCGAAGAAAUUGCCGUUAUGAGCAUCGACCUUGGUAGCGAAUGGAUGAAGGUCGCUAUCGUCUCGCCUGGUGUUCCUAUGGAAAUAGCUUUAAACAAAGAGUCAAAGAGGAAAACGCCAGUGACAAUCGCGUUCCGGGAUGGAGAGAGGUUAUUUGGCGAGGAUGCUCAGGUGAUUGGUGUCAGAUUUCCCCAAAACACCUUCUUCUAUAUUCUAGACCUCCUAGGAAAGCCUAUAGACAAUCCGUUAGUACAACUUUACCAAGAGCGGUUUCCCUAUUACAACAUCGUCGCCGACGACGAGAGGAAAACCAUAGCGUUUAGACUGAACGAGAACACAACGUACACCCCGGAGGAGCUGCUCGCACAGAUACUGCACAAGGGCAAGGAGAUCGCGGAGGCGUCUGCCCAUCAGAAGAUCAACGAGGCCGUCAUCACUGUACCAGGUUUCUUCAAUCAGGCCGAGCGGCGGGCGCUGAUACAGGCGGCGGAACUCGCUGGCCUGAAGGUGUUGCAACUCAUCAACGAUUACACCGCGGUCGCGCUGAAUUACGGCGUGUUUGGUAGAACCGAGAUCAAUGAUUCCGCUCAUUAUAUCAUGUUCUAUGACAUGGGUGCCAGCAGCACCACCGCGACUGUCGUCAGCUAUCAGAACGUAAAAACGAAGGACCGAGGUUUCCUCGAGACCAAUCCUCACGUGGUCGUACUGGGCGUGGGAUAUGAUCGCACGCUCGGCGGUCUGGAGAUGCAAAUUAGACUGCAGCAUCACUUGGCGCGAGAGUUUGAUGCUUUAAAGAAGACGCCAAACUUGGUAUUCAAAAAUCCGAGAGCAAUGGCAAAGCUCUUUAAAGAAGCUGGACGCGUUAAAACUGUACUUAGCGCCAACGCGGACCAUUUCGCCCAGAUAGAGGGUCUAAUAGACGAUAUCGAUUUUAAAUUGCAAGUCACAAGAGAGAAGCUGGAGGAAAUAUGCGCCGAUUUGUUCAAACGUGUAGCGAAUCCUGUGAAGAUUGCACUGGAAACUUCGGGUUUAUCAAUGGAUAUUAUAUCGCAUGUUGUAUUGGUGGGUGCAGGUACUCGCAUGCCAAAGAUACAAGAGACAUUGUCUCAAUAUGUGAAGACAGAAUUAUCAAAAAAUGUAAAUACGGAUGAGGCAGCUGCUUUAGGGGCUGCGUACAAAGCGGCUGAUCUUAGUCAGGGUUUCAAGGUCAAGAAAUUUGUAACAAAAGACGCUUUGUUGUUUCCGAUUCAAAUCACUUUUGAUAGAACUGUUGAUAAUAAAAAUAGACAGGUGAAGAAGACGUUAUUUGGCAGAAUGAAUCCUUUCCCACAAAAAAAGAUUAUUACAUUUAAUAAGCACACGAAUGAUUUUGAUUUUCAAGUGAAUUAUGCCGAAUUGGAUUAUUUGCCUGCUAGUGAGGUAAUUUCUAUCGGUAAUUUACAUUUAUCUACUGUAUCACUGAAUGGUGUAGCUGAAGCUUUAGAGAAGCAUGCCAACGAAGGCGCCGAGAGUAAAGGAAUCAAAGUGCACUUUAAUAUAGAUGAUAGUGGCAUAUUAAACUUAUUGACUGUAGAAUUAGUUUCCGAAAAAUCGAGUACUGUUGACGAAGAAGAGGGUACUUUCUCAAUACUUGGCUCAACUAUUAGUAAAUUCUUUGCAGGUUCUUCUUUAGAGAAAGAAACAGAGGAAAAGACAGAGGAGCCACCGAAAGAGGAUAUAAAACCAGUGCAUGAAGAACCAGAAUUUUCGGAGCCGACAAAAGAGACAGAGGAGAAGGAAAAAAAGAAAAGCGAGGCGAAAGUGAACGAAGAUAAGGCUGUAAAUAAAACCGAGAAAGCAGAUAAAGAGAAGAAAGCCACGAUCGUUCAGAUCAAGGAACCUAUCGGUUCGAAAGAGGUCAAACUUGGAUCACAAAUUCUAUCUGGUGAAAAACUCACGGAAUCUCUAGACAAAAUACACCGUUUGGACGUGCACGAUUCGGAGAAAGCUCGCCGUGAGACUGCGUUAAACAACCUCGAAUCAUUCGUAAUUGACGCGCAGCAGAACUUUGAUUCCAAGGAAUUUUCGGAUGCGGCUACUGAGAAAGAGAUCGAAGAGAUUCAAAAAGCAUGCUCUGAGAUUUCCGAAUGGUUAUACGAGGACGGAUAUACCGCAACUGCGGAAGUGUAUGAAGAAAAGUUAAUGGAACUGCAAAAGUUAACCAACGACGUAUACGAGAGAGUCUCUGAGUCCCGAGACCGACCGGAAGUCCUAAACGGAAUGGUUUCGUUACUUCAGGGCAGUAGAUUAUUCCUAGAGAAUAUGCGUAACUUGAGUCUAACGACUGAAAUUAUUACGCCUGUUGAAGUCGAAACGUUAGAAAAAGUGAUCAAUGAGACACAGGAUUAUCAUGAUACAAUCACGAAAUAUUUCGUGGAUGCGCCGCUAAACAUACCAGUAAAAUACAAGGUCCGUCAUAUUGCAAAUAAGAUGGAACUACUAGAUCGAGAAAUUAAAUACCUUCUUAACAAGGUAAAAAUUUGGAAACCGAAACAAGAAGCUGCAACGAAUCAGACAGAUAAGGCUGAGCGCACAAUAGAGAAAAACGAAGAAUCCACAACGGAUUCCGAUACUAAAAAAGACAAAUCUGCGGGAGAACAACCGUCCGAUAAUUUGGAAAAACAACAAGAACAACCGAUAUUGGAAACGACGGAUUCUACACAAGAUCCACUUUUAUCGAAGAACGAGAAACCGUUAACUAAGGAGGAAGUUAAAGAAGAAACGCAUCAAGAACUAUAAAAAAUUAUUUAUUUAAAAGAGUGUAAUUCUCUUAUUGAUCGACGAUAAUCGUCGAUUUAGGCAAUUUUUAUGUAGAUUACUUUUUUCAGAUGCAUUUAAAAUCAAAGCAGAAAUUGUCUUAUGCGUUGGCGUUGAAUAAGUUAUUUUACAAAUGUGAAUACUUCCCAUUUAAUUAAUAAUAUGUAUUUAUAUACGAGAUGUAGUUUUUCACCAUUCGUUCGUUCAUUCAUUCAUUCAUUCAUUGUAGAAAAGUUAUUACAAGAGUGUUAAUCUUAUCAUUGAUCGUUCGCGAUAACAAUUAUGUUACACAAGUGCCAAGCAAUAGCAGAUCCCAACAAUUGAUUUAUGUUUGAUAACGAACACGCAUAAAACAGGCCAGUUCCAUGAAGAUUCAUCUCGAGUUUUUACAGUAUAAAAUAAUUUGUGACUUUACAUGUAAAAUGCUUCUGCUGCAAGUGUAUACAUUAUUUACUUAUGUACUACUACGCUACAGAUAAAGUUGCAGUAUAAAGCAUACUAUUGCUUGUAAAAACACGAAUUAUAACAUAUAUAAAAUGUUUGUUCAUAAAGCGAUUCUUGCAUAUCUUUCAGGGGUUCUGGAUCUUUCACGUAGCAACAAGUCUUAACAUUUUCGCAAAUGUAAAUUAGUAGUAGUUUUGGAAUGAAUUUACAUCGUAUUUCUUAUAUUACAUUGAUCUGUAUCAUCUUUUUUUAUAAAGAGUCACUUGGA